AUGAGCUCAUUUAAGAAGGCCCCAGUGCCACCUCCGAUCAGUAAAUUGAACCCACCAACAUCAUCAUCAUCAGCAUCGUCUUCAUCUUCUUCCUCCUCAUCUUCAUCAUGGGUAAAGUCCAAGAGUACACCAAAUGGACAGGAUGGAACAUUGUCAGCAUUCCUACAUAAACAAUCUGCUAAGGCCCCGCCUGCUCCGGGCAAGCCAAAGAGCUAUAAGAAGAAAUGGUGUUGGUUCCAAGCGGACCAGGGCACACUAUACUACCACCAAUCAGGCUCGAUGAACUCAGGAUCAGAGACGAGCACACCACUUAGCAUAGGUUACCUGAUCAAGAGUAUCCAUAUUGACUCGUGUAUUGUUGAAGCAUCCACUCUGAAGCAAGAGUUCGUCAUCACUCACACUGGUCCAUCCAAGCGAAAGUGGAUUUGGAAGGCCGAAGAUGCCGCCACUGCUCAGCAAUGGGUCAGCGGAUUGAAUGCGUUCAAACAGAGGACGCCGGCGGCCUCGGGAAAGCGGCCGCCAGCGCCCACACCCGGCACAGCCACAUCGGCUUCGUCAAGUCAGCCCGAUGCGACGCCAACACAGGCGGCACCGUCACCCGCCGCAUCGGCCUCGCCCACAUCAUUCGUCAGGGGUGAGUCUGGCAAUAAGUCGGCGUCUGGGGCGGAUGGCAGCACCAGCCCAUCUCUGCAGCCAAUAUCCUCUGCCUCCUCCAACUCGAGCUCAAACAGCAGCGAAUCAUUGCUCAGCAGCACCGACAAGAACAAGAACAUUGCUGAGCAGUUCUUAAAGAGCCUGUCGAUCAAUUGCGAGGCGGGCCUCGAUCGGGCCAGCGGCAAGCAAUCGUUUGGCGCCGUCAAGAUCAGACAGCUGCUCGUGCGACAGAGCCCGCCACUGGACAGCGAUCAGAUCAACUACAUCCUCUCGCUGCUGCAGAGCCAGAUCACCUACAUGCAGGAGUGCUACGAGGAGAUCCAGAAAGUGAGCGAGAGCAACAAGAAGCCAGUCACCGCGACCGUCGCUCACACCAAGCCGCUCACGACUGCGACGACCUCUGGUAAGCCUGCCGUGCCGCCCAAGUCCACCCCACCGCCCCCAGCACUGGUGUCAUUGCCCUCACUCAGCAAUAUGGACGACGACGACGAGGACGACGCUCAUCCCAAAGAGGACAGCAUAUUCUCGCUACUGCCCAAUCACUUGUCGCUGUACAUUCUGUCCUUCCUCGAUGCAAAGCAGUUGUUGCUAUGUGCCACUGUGUCCUCGCGUUGGUUCCAGUUAUCCACGGACAAUGUGUUGUGGCUGCGCUUCACGACGCAUCUUCAGACGCCUGCGUCGGUGUUUGACACGGGCAGGAGUUGGAAGACUGUCUAUCUCAGUCAUCGCAAGCAGUCCACAUCGACCAAAGAGAAGAACAUGAGUCGUGCCAUAAGCAUCUAUGGCCUACCUGCGAUCACCAGCACAUCUGGCAAGUCAGUCAAAGAAGGAUACCUCUACAAGAGAGGUGAGGACAUCCUAAGAAUAUGGAAGAAGAGAUACUUUGUACUGAAGGAGAACUGUUUAUUCUACUUCCAACAUCCAAAUGACAACUUCCCAUGUGGAAUGAUCCCAUUGCAGACCACAUUCAGAGUAAAGAGAGUGUCACCAUCAACGAGGAAGCAUUGCUUUAAGAUCAUACAUGAUGGAUUGCAGAGUUGCAAGCAAAAGACUGGUGUCGGUAUGACUGUGGAGAGAAAGGAGCCUUACUAUCUAUCGGCCGACACCGAUGAGGAGUGCAAUGCGUGGAUGACAAUCGUCUUGGAGUCCAUCCAAAAGAGUGAUCGACUUCCAUCAUCAUCAUCAUCAUCGUCUACCUCGUCAAUAUCACCUACCAAGGUUAUUGGUGCGGGUGUGAGUGGCAACAGAGGAUCAAGUGGCAGCAGCAACAGCAACCCUGGCAGUGGCAGCAACUCCCAACAUCGAUCAUUCAAUCCCAAGCCAAGCAAUGUGCUCAAGGCAAUGACUGGCAAGAAGUCGUCCAACUCUACGCCAAUCUCUGCACAGUCACUGACUUCCGACCACUCCACGGCGACGACCAAGGUCGAGACACCGUCGCGCGCACUGUUUGGCCUGCCGCUGUCUGUGCUGAUGGCCGAGCAGUCCAAGCACAUCAGUCUGCCAAUACCAUUCAUUCUCAAUGUAUGCUUCGAGGCGAUACAGGCCUAUGGUCUCCAGGAGGAAGGUCUGUUCCGAGUGUCUGGCAGUGUCUUGGAGAUUGAGGCGCUCAAGACCAUCUUUGAACAGAACACCACCUACACAGAGAUGGACCUCCAACAGAGCGACAUCCAUGCCGUCACAGGCCUUGUCAAGUCCUUCUUCCGCAAGUUGCCCCACUCACUAAUUCCAAAGGACCUAGAUGAAUACGCCACAUCAGUAUCGUUGGCCCAGAGUCAGACGAUUGAACAAAAGAUCAAUGAGUUCAAGUUCAUCUUUGAGAGUUUGGACCCGGUGGUGUAUAACAUCUUUAGGUCGCUGUUGGCAUUGCUUCGCCAGACCGUGGAGAACAAGGCCACGACAAAGAUGACAGAGGACAAUGUUCUGAUCGUCAUCAUGCCAACCCUAAAGUGCAAACCAGUAUUAGUGGACAAUGGAAUACGAUACUAUCAUCAAAUAUUCAAUUCAACUUCAUCCUCCUCAUUAUCAUCAUCUGCAUCAGAAGAUUGA